AUGUUCCGCUACUUCUUCUCAUCCACUCCGCCAAUAACCACCAAAUACAAAGAGUCAAAACUCAACUUGCACUCAUCUCCAGAGACUACCUUUGAAUUUAUUGGUGGUGACUUGAAAAAAUCAUUAUCCCAUAAGGAAGAUGGUACUAUACUCCGCUCCAAUCACUCUUGUUCGAAUUCUACUUUGGAAAACAGUAAAUACUUUAUAAUGGAUGAGAAUGAGCACGUGCAGAUGAAGACGUUUUUGGCCAACUUUUAUUGUGAAACACUGAGAGAGGAAACGCUAAAUGAACGGCUUUCAAGCCUAACUAACUUUAUGGAUCACUCUGCUAAGAACGUCUACAUCAGAGCUAUUGCCCCUGCAAAAUAUGAUAAUAAAGUUAUGUUCCGAGUCUUCACUGAUGAUGUUCUGGAAAUAAUUCCUAUUCUAAUGAAACUUCAGAAAACACCAUUGGAUCCAAAUGACAUCCGAAUCACUACUUAUAAAACAAAGUGGAUUAGAGAGAACAACGAUAUUUAUAGUACUAUUGAUAUACUCGAACUCUCAAAAAUUCUAGAAGAAUUUGACAUAAAUAAAGAGCUGGUUACGAUUGUUGACGAUGAUGUACAAAAGUAUACUGCUCGUCAAAUGGUUGAUAUUGGAUUGCUACCUAUUACAGUUUUCAGUCCCGACGGUAGGACAGUCAUGGACAUUUCUCAAGCGGUUUUCCAUAUUCUUUCAUCAGCUGCCUUUAAAAAUGUUUGGCCCCUCCGCCUGACUCUUAAUGCGGAAAAAUACAAAGAAAAUAUUGUGGAUGCUAUAAAAGAAUAUACAAAUAUGCCUAUGGGAACUUAUAUCGCAAAGAAAAAAGUCGAUGAAAAAGUGAAGUUUACUGUCGGCUGUCUACCAGAUGGGCGGAAUGGUUUUUCGAUUAAAAUUAAUGCGGAAAAAGACGAAAAAAUCCCACUCAAACACAUCAAACAGCAGAUGGAUAAAUGCGAGUUGCCUCACUCAUUUAAUGCUUUUCUAGCCACUAUCAAUGCCGAUACUUUGCGCAUUCCAGUUUGGUUAGGAAGAUAUUUGAUUAUGAAAGCCGGGGCCGAUAAAUUUUUCGGAAAACAUGAUAUAAAUAUAAAGAUAAUAGUGAUGGAUGCACUCUUGCUGAAAAUUCCUGAAGAAAAACGGCAGUAUUUUGUGAAGAAACACUGCAAUGAUAUCGAAUCCGAUUUGUUCCGAAAAGUGUCACGUAAUAAAAUAGAAACUUAUAACGACGCUGCGGAUCUACUCAAACUUCUCGACCUAAUUGACUCACCAAAGAAAUCUAGUUUGAAAAAACCAUCCUCAUCAUCUAUUUCAACUCAUUUCGAUAGCGUGGGAUUGGCAGAUACCCACUGUUAUUUCUGCUAUAGUUUGAGACUCCCGGAAGAUGAAACAAUGAGGUGUGAAGGAUGCUUGAAGGUGGUUCAUAAGAAGUGUGGAAUGAAAUGGCUCGGGAUGAGCAAAGUGUGCGGACACUGCAGACAAGAGGCGGAUACCGUUGGGUUCACCAGACAACAAGGAUCAAGUUCGUCGUCUUAA